AUGCAGGGGGCGCACCAGGCGCACCAGCAGCAGCAGCAGCAGUACCCCAUGAGCAGCGCAGAGCUGUGGGACGCCGUGCAGCGGCAGCAGGCCGCGCAGCAGGGCGGCGCGCAGUACGGCAUGAUGCACGGCGGCGGCGCCAUGGCGCCGCUGCCCAGCUACGAAAUGGCGCCGGCGGCGGGCGCGGGGCCGCAGCCCCUGGUACUGCCCGGCAAGCCGCUGCCCAGCGGCACGUCCUUCUACCCGCAGCAGCACGGCGCCAGCGGUGGCAUCACCGGCGUGCCCUCCUCCCUCACCUCGCUGCCGGGGGUGCCGUACAGCACCACACCCUCGCCGCCGCCCGGCGUCGGCGCCCAACCCCAGCUCUACGGCGGCGGCAGCCCCUCCCUGGGCGUGCAGGGCGCGCCGGGCGGCUACCCUCAGCUGUCUGGCCUCAGCUCGCAGCUGUCUUCGGGGAUGGUGCUGGGGGGCAUGGCCCCGGGCGCCCACCUGGUGCCCAACCAGCACCUGGGCCACCCCGGAGGCCCCUCCCUGAUGCGCGGCCAGCAGCAGCAGGCGGCGGCGCUGUCGGUGCCCGUGCCUGUGCCCAUCAACACCCAGCCGCUGGUCAAGAUGGACCCCGAGGAGACGGGGCACCCCUCCUCCUCACACUCGGUGGUGGCGCUGCCGCUGCCCAUCCCCGGCAGCCCCGGGUCGGACGACGAGGGCGAGGGCGACGGCGACGGCAGCCCCACCGACUGCAUGGGCAGCGGCGGGCUCAAUAAGUCGCGGUACCGCGGCGUGUCCUACGACCGCAAGAAGGCCAAGUGGAGGGUGCAGAUCAAGGUGGCCGCCCUGGGCAAGUCUGGCGUGUCUGUGGGGUACUUUGACACGGAGGAGGCGGCGGCGCGCGCCUACGACCGCGCCGCCAUCGGCCUGCUGGGGCGAGACAACCCAAACCUGCAGACCAACUUUGAUGCGCGGGACUACACGGGUGAGACCAUCCCGCCGCUGACGGGCAAGACGCGGGAGGAGGUGAAGACCACGCUUAAGAGCGAGCGCAUCAAGCAGGCGCCGCGCCGCCGCUUCACCAGCCGCCAGCGCACCAGCCGCUUCAUGGGCGUGGGCUCCUCCAACCGCAAGAACCAGUGGCAGGCGCGCAUCCUGGUGCACGGCAAGGUCACGCACCUGGGCUACUAUGAGACGGAGGAGGAGGCGGCCAAGGUGUACGACAAGGUGAGCCUGGCGCUGCACGGCGACAACGCGCAGACCAACUUUGCGGCCUCCAACUACGGAGCGCAGGAGGUGGCGGCGUACAGCGGGCUGGACAGAGAGGACCUGCAGCGCGCGCUGGGGCUGCUGGACUUCAUCAAGGACAUGCCAGACGUGGCGCCCGCGCUGGGAGGCGGCGGCGGCGGCGCCCGCGGCGGCGCCGGCAUGUUCAAGUCUCGCUCCAUGGGCAACCUCAUGGACCUGUCGGCCCCCUUCUUUGACGAGGAGGACGAGGCGCUGGCUGCCAUGGAGUACGUGCGCCCCCGCAAGAUGAGCAAGAGCAUGUCGCUGACGCAGCUGGCGGCGCUGGAGAACAACGGCGGGGGAGGGGCGGGGGCGGGAGCGCAAGCGGGGAGGCCGCCGCUGGCGCCCGCCGGCGGCAGCGGCAACCAGCAGCUAGGCCCGCUGGGCAAGCCCAUCCGCCGCACCAACACCUUCAGCUCCAGCCUGGCGGUGCUUCAGGAGGCAGACCGCGAGGGCAGGGCGGCGGACGACCACCACCUGACGCACGGCGGCCUGAGCUCCCACCAUUCCAGCGGCGACGACUUGGUGCAGCGGCUGCUGGCGCCGCCCACCGGCAACGCCGAGGACGACGCCAUGCUGUCGGAGCUGCUGGCCGCCAGCUGA